GUGCAAUAUCAUCAGCUGAAAAUAGUAUAGUAAUGGCUAAAACUUUCUGAGAUCGAAGAACGUCCAUUUUGUUAUUUAACCAUCAGGGUCAGGAAGAAAGACACAAGGUAUCAACAAAGAUUCUUCUAAGUAGUAAUGGUGAAAAGAGAAGGCGAAAAUCCAAGCGAAAGAAGGACUAGACCAAGAUACUCAAAGAGCAAAGAUGGCGUGUCUAAGUCUGAAGAAGACUCAUCGUCUUCCUACAAGAACCUUGCCUUUCUUUGCCUCCUAGUUUUUCCAUCGCUGGCGUGGCUUUUCGCUGUCGGCAGUGAUGCUAUUUCUAAUCUUGGCUUCGUUUUGGGAACUCACUCCAACGUUUUUGUUGUCUUGGGGUCGUUGAUUAUUCCGUUGAUCGCAGCAUAUUUCUUCAAACCUCUUCGAGGUUUUGUGAAGUUGUUGAUCCCAGUUAUGGUGGCAGUGCUUUUCCUCCCCACUUUUCAAGUAUAUCUAUGCUCUCCCCUAGAAAUCAAGAACGAAAACAUUGGAACGAAAUACAGUUUGAAAAUAACAGCUGCCGUAUUUCUUCAACAAGCAUGCGAGGAUAUAUGCCUGAAAAAAUCCAAAAUACCUUCACCGUAUUCUCUGACGUUCUUCACACCUCGAGUUUCCUUGAAAGUCAAGUUUAACCAAAUCGUCGAUUUGAACAUAACAACUUCAGCUCUUGUUGGCGGAGAAAAACUUCCGCUGGCUAAAAUUGUACUUCUGAAAUCCUGGCGUAGCGUAAAAGGGAAGUACUUUGCUUUGCACAUUAUAACAAGAGUUCCUGUCAAGAUCAAGAAAUUUGAAGAGGGGUUGUCAGCCAAAAAGGGAAUGAUUUUAUCUGGAAGGAUUGAGAGUAUUCCUACAGAUCUCAAGAACCUCCGCAGUGAGUUAGAAAAGCAAAAACAUUUUGUCAGACCCUUUGUCUUGGAAGUAUUCAGAGCAGCAGAAAUGGAAGAAUGAGCAAUGUGUGAAAGAUAGGAUACUCAUAAAUCACCCUAAUGU